CUUUUAACUUUUCCUAUAUUUACAAAAGAGUUGACUAUUCAAGUUAGAAACCUUUCUUUACCUCUUUUUUCUGCUCUUUCCUCAAAGUACUGAAGAACAUGAAUUCUUGUGGUCUACUGAGAAUUAAGGUUUGCAGAGGCAUCAACCUCGCUGUUCGUGACACUGUUAGCCAUAGCAGUGACCCUUAUGUCGUCGUCAGCCAUGCUGGCCAGACUGUGAAGACAAGUGUGGUGAAUAAAAACUGCUCCCCUGUUUGGAAUGAAAGUCUGACUCUUAGUUUGAAGGAUCCUAAUGUCCCAUUUGCUCUGAGAGUAUUUGAUAAAGACACGUUUACGGGAGAUGAUCCAAUGGGAGAUGCAGAAUUCAACGUGAAACCAUUUCUCGAGUGCUUGAAAAUGGGUUUGCAAGACCUCCCAGAUGGGACUAAAGUUGACAGAGUUCAACCAAGCCACGACAAUUGCCUUGCAGAUGAGAGCUGCAUUGUUUGGAACCAGGGUAAAAUGUUCCAAAAGAUGAUACUUAGGUUGAGAAACGUGGAAUGUGGUGAAGUAGAAAUACAUCUUGAAUGGCUUGAUUAUCCUGGAUUUAGAGGCUAAAAGCAAGACUGAUUCCCUCGCUGUUGCGUACUUGUGAUUCGAGGGCUGAUGAUGAAGGCAUACAAUCUAAGUUCUUGCUGUAUAUUUAUGGCUGUUCCUCAUGUAAUGUUUGAGAGCUAAGGUAUUACCCUCGCAGGAAACUAUCUCGGCCUCUUGUAUGGCUAUUGUUCAGGUUACUGCUUUGCUGGUGUAGCUAUAACAAAUAUAACCUUUUCUGUCUCUUUACCUGGGAGGGGGAUUGAAGAAAGCAGAAAAGGAUAACGCGAAUAAGAGAAUAUUGAAUCCUUGCUUUAA